AAAUGAAGUGGUAGAAAUUAUCAUAAUCCACCUACCCUCUAAACAACAAAUACAAUACAAUAAUGCUACUCACCAUUUUUUAGCUAUAUAUAAUAGUUUCUAGCAACGCUUAAUCCAUCAUCAAACAUAAUACCUCAAAUUCUAACAACCUUACCUUAAACCUUCUCAACCCAACAACAACAACAACAACAUGGGCAGUGUUGAAAUUCCGACAAAGGUUCUUACCAACACAUCUGCUCAAAUUAAGAUGCCUGUGGUUGGAAUGGGAUCAGCACCUGACUUCACAUGCAAGAAAGACACCAAAGAAGCAAUCAUUGAAGCCAUCAAACAAGGUUACAGACACUUUGAUACUGCUGCUGCUUAUGGCUCUGAACAAGCUCUUGGUGAAGCUUUGAAUGAGGCUAUUCAACUUGGUCUUGUCACUAGAGAACAGCUUUUUGUUACUUCCAAACUUUGGGUUACUGAAAAUCAUCCUCACCUUGUUCUUCCUGCUCUACAAAAAUCUCUCAAGACUCUUCAGUUGGAUUACUUGGAUUUGUAUUUGAUUCAUUGGCCACUUAGUUCUCAGCCCGGAAAGUUUUCAUUUCCAAUUGAUGUGGCUGAUCUAUUGCCAUUUGAUGUAAAAGGUGUGUGGGAAUCCAUGGAAGAAGCUUUGAGACUUGGACUCACGAAAGCUAUUGGUGUCAGUAACUUCUCUGUCAAGAAACUUCAAAAGCUACUAUCUGUUGCCACUGUUCUUCCUGCUGUUAAUCAAGUGGAGAUGAACCUUGCAUGGCAACAAAAGAAGCUGAGAGAAUUUUGCAAUGAAAAUGGAAUAGUGUUAACUGCAUUUUCACCGUUGAGGAAAGGUGCAAGUAGAGGAGCCAAUGAGGUUAUGGAGAAUGAUAUGCUUAAACAGAUUGCAGAUGCUCAUGGAAAGUCCGUUGCACAAAUUUCUCUGAGAUGGUUAUAUGAACAAGGAAUCACUUUUGUUCCAAAGAGCUAUGAUAAGGAGAGAAUGAGUCAAAAUUUGAGUAUCUUUGAUUGGACACUGACAAAGGAGGAUCAUGAGAAAAUUGAUCAAAUUAAGCAGAACCGUUUGAUCCCUGGACCAACCAAGCCGAGUCUCAAUGAUCUUUGGGAUGAUGAAAUAUAAAAGAAAAGUUGCUAAAGUUAUUCAAAUUUGCUUUGGCGUCUAUCUUUUGUAUUUAAGUAUUUUAUACUACUUGUUUCUUUUGAGCUUUGAAUUACCAAUGUUUUUGUAUUGGGUUUAAAUAAUCAAUUUUAUAUUUUAUAAUAGUGUUUUA